AUGAAUCUUAAUUCAAGGAACCGGUGUAACAUAUUGGUAACGCGGUGAUGAGCUCCGCUAUCCAACCGCCUUCUAUGUUUUUCUGGCAUAUGAGUCUAUACACACUUCUCUCUGGUACACAUUGAACUUAAGCUAUCAAAUUUGGUUCUCAAUGUAUAUAUCUAAAUACCCCGCCACUGGAUUAUCUUUAUAUACACCAACACUGACAACAAUUUAUUUUUAGAAAGCCACGUUAAACAAUAUCAAAUCAAAAACGAAAAGAGGAACUUACAAUAUAAGUAUCACUAUUUGCGUGCUACAGCCAGCAGUUUCCUUUUCUCAAUAUAA